AUGAUUGAAUUAGGCCUUGCGCGGAUCACUCGACUCUUGAAAAACACCCCAAUUCCAUGGCGCGCAAUACAUGUUGCAGGCACCAAUGGCAAAGGCUCUGUGUGUGCCUAUGCCUCGGCAAUGCUGAAUGCUGGGAACAUCAAUUGCGGCCGUUUCACGUCUCCACACCUGAUUGAUAGGUGGGACUGCAUCACCAUCAACGAGAAAAGCGUGGAUGAGGAUUUCUUUCGCGAAGUUGAGGCCGCUGUGAAGACGAAAGAUCAGAGCGAGGACAUCCAAGCCUCCGAGUUUGAGAUCCUGACCGCUACAGCAUUCGAAAUAUUUAACCGGGAGAAGAUAGAGAUCGGUGUUGUCGAGGUUGGUUUGGGUGGCCGAAACGAUGCAACGAAUGUCCUCGAGCAUCCAGCAGUCACUGUAGUUACCAAGAUAGGGAAAGACCAUCAGUCCCUCCUUGGAAGCACCUUCGAAGAGAUCGCGUUGCACAAGGCGGGCAUCAUGAAAGCCGGCGUGCCCUGUAUUGCGGACGGAAGUAAUACGACAGGCGUCCUUGAGGUUCUGAAGAGCAAUGCAGUAGAAGUCGGUGCUGCCUCGUUGCUUCUUGUUCCUCAAGACGCCGAUCCAGCUGGUCAAGUCUGGAACGUCGUGGCCAAGGAAGAACUCAUGGACCACCAGCAGAUGAACAUAUGUUUGGCGUUUGAAGCUGUCAAGGAGGUGCUUUCCCAUUGCUAUCCAUCACUGGACCCGCUCCGGCUGUUGCCUUCGAUCCCAAAUGCUGUUUGGCCGGGCCGUCUGCAGAACCUCACCAUCAGAUCUUUGGCUGGCAAUGAGCGGGAAAUGCUCCUUGAUGGGGCUCACAACAACCAGUCUGCCGAGGUCCUGGGCACAUAUGUAGAUCAGAAACUACGUGAAAAGCAUCGCCCUGUGACCUGGAUGAUUGCAAUGUCGAAGGGAAAAGAUAUUCAUGAACUACUGUACUUUCUUUUGAGAUCAGGGGAUAAUCUUAUUGCUGUAGAAUUCGGACCAGUGGAGGGUAUGCCGUGGGUAUGCCCAGAAGAAGCGGACAGCAUACUGGGCGCAGCACGAGGACUGGGCAUUUCAGAUUCUUCUCAGAUCUUGUCUGGAGACUUAGCACAGGCGCUUCAAGUAGCUGUGCGAAUUGCCGAUGGGGGACCACUAAUCGCUGCUGGGAGUUUGUAUUUGGUGUCAGACAUUUUGCGGCUGCUGAAACAGGCCGAGCUUCUGAGCAAGUGA